AUGCAGGACAACAUCCAUAGCCCCGAAGUCGUCUUGGAGGAGCUGACCACAAUCCAGGUCGCCGUCACCAAGCUCGAAGAAAAGGCUGCAAACUACAACGAAUAUCAGGCUCUGUUUUACGUGCCGGUACAGUUUGAGUUCCAGGAGGUCGAGAAGGCGAAGCAGCUCUUCACGGAGAAGUCUCGCCUGUGGAACCUCAUCAGUGACUGGAAGGGGCAGUUGGAUGUUUGGAAGAAGACCGACAUCACCCAGCUGAAUGUGGAGGAGAUGAACAAAAAGGUCCUGGAGUAUUCGAAGACUGCGUAUCAGCUGACGCGCAGCCUGGAAGGUGACAAGGUGGCCCAGGAGAUCCGGUCCGAGGUCGAUGAGUGGAAGGGCAACAUGCCCUGCAUCCUGGACCUCGGGAAUCCGGCCUUGAGGGAUCGACACAGAUUGCGAAUCCGUCAGGAGAUCGACCUCAAGCAGACCGCCGUGUCUCUCACGACUUUGAUUGGGGCCAAGGUCUUCGACAAGAAGGACCACAAGGAGUUCAUUGCUGAAAUUAGCGGCAUCGCCAGCGGAGAAUUUGCCCUGGAGCAGCAGCUCGAGAAGGUCAUCGCAGCUUGGGAGGACAUGCCUCUGCCGGUCCAGAACCAUCGGAACCAGCGGGACUUGUGGAUUCUUGGGGACGUUGGUGACAUCAUCACUCAGCUGGAGGACCACUCGGUGCAAAUCCAGACCAUGAUGGGUUCGCGCUUUGUCCGGGGAAUCCGUGAUCGCGUGGAGACUUGGGAGACGAAGAUCAGGCUUGCAUCUGACACCAUCGACGAGUGGCUGCAGGUGCAGCGCGGCUGGAUGUAUCUGGAGAGCAUCUUCUCUGCGGAGGACAUCCAAAAGCAGCUCCCAACCGAGUCGGCGAAGUUCAAAGGAGUGGACAAGUUUUGGAAGGACACGCUGAAGAAGGUGCGCCAAUCCUACCGCAAAGCCAUGGAAGCGUUUCACAUACCAAAUCUUCUCGCAGGCAGAAAGGCACGAAGAGGCAAGAUGUCGAUGCAGAGUGGUAGCUUCCGAUUCCUCAACCUCAUCAAGCCGGUGAUGUGCGUCCUUCCGGAGGUGGAGGCUCCAGACCGUAGGAUUCCUUUCAAAGAGAAGAUUUUGUGGACGUCCAUCUCCUUGUUUGUUUUCCUAGUUUGCUGCCAGAUCCCGCUCUAUGGCGUGCUGACCUCCAAGAGCUCCGAUCCCUUCUACUGGAUGCGAGUCAUUCUAGCUUCCAAUCGAGGCACUCUCAUGGAGCUUGGAAUCUCGCCGAUCAUUACCUCCGGCAUGGUGAUGCAGCUCUUAGCCGGCAGCAGGAUUAUUGACGUGGACCUGACUCUCAAGGAGGAUAAGAUCCUUUUCCAGGGUGCGCAGAAACUGUUCGGCAUGCUGAUCACCAUGGGAGAGGCCGUGGCCUACGUCAUGAGUGGCAUGUACGGCAGCCUGCGGGAGAUUGGAGCUACCAGUGCCAUCCUGAUCAUCCUGCAGCUCUUCUUUGCCGGGAUUGUGGUUAUCCUGUUGGACGAGCUGAUGCAGAAGGGCUAUGGCAUGGGCUCCGGAAUCUCGCUUUUCAUCGCGACGAACAUCUGCGAGAGCAUCAUCUGGAAGGCAUUCUCCCCAACGACCAUGAACACUGGCAAGGGAACUGAGUUUGAAGGUGCCAUCGUUGCAACCUUCCACUUCAUGGCAUCGAGGAGCGACAAGCUGAUGGCCUUGAAGGAGGCCUUCUACAGACAAUCUGCACCGAAUCUCACGAACCUCUUCGCCACCGUCCUCGUCUUCUUCAUUGUGAUCUACUUCCAAGGUUUCAAAGUCGACCUGCCAGUGAAGUAUCAGAAGAUGCGAGGAUCGCAGGGCUCCUUCCCCAUCAAGCUCUUCUACACCUCCAACAUUCCCAUCAUCCUGCAGACAGCGCUGGUCUCGAAUCUCUACUUCCUGUCUCAGCUGCUUUACAGGCGCUUCAAGUCGAACAUGCUGGUGAACUUGCUCGGCCAAUGGCAGGAGGCAGACUUUGGUGGUCAAUCCGUGCCGGUGGGAGGUUUCGCCUACUACAUUUCGCCACCCUCCAGUGUCUCCAACAUCUGGGAGGAUCCGCUUCAUGCACUGAUCUACGUGUCCUUCGUCCUCAUCUCCUGCGCGCUCUUCUCCAAAUUCUGGAUCGAGGUGUCUGGGUCCUCGCCCAGGGACGUGGCGAAGCACCUGCGGGAUCAGUCCAUGGUCUUCAAAGGCCACAGAGAAGAAUCCCUGUUGAAGGUUCUGGACAUGUACAUCCCUACUGCGGCCGCCUUUGGCGGCAUGUGCAUCGGGAUGCUGACCAUCAUGGCAGACUUCCUUGGAGCGAUCGGCAGUGGCACGGGCAUCUUGCUCGCGGUAACCAUCAUCUACCAGUACUUCGAGAUGAUCUACAAGGAGAAAGAGCAGGGCAACAUGCUCUUCUGA